AUGCCGAGCUCGCAUCUGGAAGUGCGUCUGUCUCAGGACGAGAAGCGGGUGCCCAUCACCGAGAAGGCUCCUCUCACCGCUGCCUCCUCGCGCUCUGGCUCGACCUACGGCUCCGUCCAAGACGACGUUCUAGUAGACAUCGGCUCGCCUUGCAUUCCCUCCGACGUGCGCUCCAUCAGAUCCGCCAGAUCCCUACGUAAAACCGGUGUUUGGGAAGACCUCAAAGCAUGGACCAACAACGUCCUCUUCGGAAAGACCGCCAAUCUCACCAAAUCCUCAGAAGAGGAGCACCGCGUUGCCUCCAAGCUUCGCGAGGUUGCUGCUCUUGACAGAGACGAAGUCUUGAAACGCUUCGACACCGGAUACAACGGACUUCCCUCAGCCGAGGCGCUCUCCCGUCUCAACAAGUUUGGUCGCAACGAACUCGAGAGUGGCGCGCUCAAGCCCUGGUACAGCAUCAUUUUCCAGGGACUCAUCCAUCCUUUCAACGUUCUCCUUAUGGUUCUCGGCAUCCUUGCCAUAGCGGUCGCCGAAGAUCCUACCACAUUCUAUUUCGUUCUCGUCAUGGUCGUCGUCAGUGUCGGCUUGCGUUCUUAUGAAGAAAUGAAAUCCCAAAAGUCCUUCCAGUCGAUGCGCGAGCUGGUUACGCCUAUGACCAAGGUGCUUCGCCCUGAUGGCGCCGGCUCCUUCAUCGAGACAGAAAUCGCUCUCGCCGAGACUGUUCCUGGUGACGUCGUUGUUCUCCGCCCUGGUGACAUUUUCCCUGGCGACUGCAUUCUCAUCGAGUCCAAGGAUCUCUUUAUCUCGCAGUCCUCUCUUACUGGCGAGUUCCUCCCUGUCGAGAAGUCGACCAACGUCAACGAGCCCGAGUCUGUGUUUGACUUGGCCAACAUCUGCUUCAUGUCUACAUCCGUUGUCUCUGGCCGCGGUCGCGCUGUUGUCAUCUCGACUGCCAAGGACACCUACAUCUCCACAAUCAACUCCACCCUCAACUCUGAAGCCAUGGAGACCCGCAACUCUUUCGACGUCGGUGUCCGCAAGGUCGCUUAUCUCCUCCUCGGAUUCGGUGUCGUCAUGGUUCCUAUUGUCAUUGUCAUCAACGGUCUCACUACUCACGACUGGUACGAGGCUGUUUUGUUCGGCAUGUCGGUUUUGAUUGGUUUGACCCCCGAGAUGCUUCCUAUGAUUCUCAACGCCAACCUGGCCUACGGUGCCGCUGAGAUGGCCAAGCACAAGACCAUCGUGCGUAAGCUCGACGCUAUCCAGACCAUGGGUGUCGUCGAUGUUAUCUGCAGUGACAAGACCGGUACUCUUACCAAGGAUGACGUUGUUCUCACCGAGCACCUUGACUCGUCCAACGCCCAGAACACUGAGGUUCUCAAGUACGCGUUCUUGAACUCGCAUUUCUCUACUGGCUUGAAGAACGUUCUUGACGAGGCCGUUAUCAAGGCUGCCGAGGAGAACGAGGAGGUCCGCACCAACUACGCCCCUACUGAGAAGGGUGAGCUUUUCUCGCUCGUUGAGGAGCUUCCCUUUGAUUUCGUCCGUCGUCGUAUGUCUGUCGUUCUCAAGACUGGCCCUUCCACCACCGAGGUUAUCUGCAAGGGUGCUGUCGAGGAGCUUCUUGAAAUUUGCUCGUCUAUGCGCCAGUACACUGGCAGCGCUUUCUCUGACGUCACUCUUUCGGUUGCAUUCCGUGAGGAGCUGCUGUCUAUCGUCUCCGACUUGAACAACCAGGGUCUUCGUGUUUUGGCUGUUGCCGUCAAGAACAUUCCUGAGAAGGAGUUGGAGGCUGGUGACAGACAGUUCAGCUCUGAGAAGGACGAGAUGGACAUGACCUUUAUUGGCUUCUUGACUUUCUUGGAUCCUCCCAAGGACGACUGCGCGGAGGCUAUUGAGGACUUUGGAAAGUACCAUGUUGGUAUCAAGGUUUUGACUGGUGACAACUUGGCAGUUGCUUGCAAGAUUUGCAAGGACGUCGGCAUUGACACCACGUACACAAUCACCGGUGCCGAGCUCGAGGAGAUCGAGGAGGAUGAGGACGAGUUUGCUGAAGUUGUCGAGCGCUGCACUGUGUUUGCCAAGCUCACGCCUUUCCAGAAAUUCAACAUUGUGAACGCACUCAAGAAGAACGGCCACUCGGUCGGAUUCUUGGGAGAUGGUAUUAACGAUGCGUUGGCGCUUCGCGGCGCCGAUGUCGGUAUCUCUGUCGACACUGCUACCCCGCUCGCUAAGGACGCUGCUGAUUUCAUCUUGCUCGAGAAGUCUCUGAACGUUAUCACUCAGGCUAUCAUCCGUGGCCGCAUCACUCACGCCAACACAAUCAAGUACAUCAAGAUGGCUGCCUCCGGAAACUUUGGAAACGUCUUCUCGGUCAUCAUUGCCUCUGCCUGGCUGCCUUUCCAGCCCAUGACUGGUAACCAGAUCCUGACGCAGAACUUGCUCUACGAUCUUUCCCAGAUUGCGAUUCCCUGGGAUCACGUCGACGAGGAGUUUUUGCUGACUCCGCACCAGUGGUCUGCCGACUCGAUUUUCAAGUUUAUGCUCUACUUUGGUCCUCUGUCUUCGAUCUUCGACGUCUACACCUUCGCUGUGCUCUACUGGUUCUUUGACUACAACACGCCUUUCACCGACGACGUCCAGCACUUCCAGACCUGCUGGUUCUAUGUCGGCUUGAUCACCCAGACUUUGAUCGUGCACAUGAUCCGUACCGAGAAGAUCCCCUUCAUCCAGCGCAACCCGUCCUGGCAACUUGCGGCCGCGACCGGCGUCGUCAUCGCCGUCGGCAUCGCGAUCCCGUACACCCCGCUCGGAACCCGCGUGCUCGACAUGUUACCCGUGCCGGGCCUGUUCUAUCCGUUCUUGAUUCUGGCUAUUGUUGGAUACUUCAUCUCGACCCAGGUCGUCAAGAGAUACUACAUGCAUCGUUACAAGGAGUGGUUGUAA